GGAAGGCGGGAAUUUUGUUCUAUUUAUUUCUACUGCAGUUUUCGGCAUCUUCUUCAUCAGCUAUAAAGCUUUUUAGCUGACAUACUUUCCUAUAAAAGUGUAGUCUUUCAAUGACCUUUUACACUUCGUUGCCUCACGAGUCUUGUCUUAGACACGUCUACUUAUUCCAACUGAUACAACUGUGUAAAGUAGUGUACGUGGUCACGAUAUUUGAGCCAUAUAUUUGUCAUGAAUCGAAAAAGGACGAGGCUGUCUCUCUCCCGGAGAAAGAAGACAAAAAUCAGUGAAGUGGAAGACAUGAAGAGUGAGUUGUGCGGCCGAGAUGGAAACUCUGAAAUUGUAGUUUUUCCUCCAGAUGAAAAUCCAGUUAUUGAAUCAAAGCAGAACCACGCUGAGGCAAAAGAUUCUCAAAGCAACAAAAAAAUCAAGUCAUCAGGCAAAACAAAAGAAACAACAGGAGUUAAUUGCAUGGAUAACAAUAAUGGGAACCCAGCAAAUAAGAGAAUAGCGACGUGGUUUCUGAAACCAUGCAGUCCAAAAUCAGUUUCUUGUCCAUUGUGUGGAAAACUUGCAAUUCUUUCCAAGAUAAACCAACAUUUAGACAGCAACUGUAAACUACACUUAGCUCUACUUAUAGCUGAAGAUUGUACAGCUAAUGAACUUGCUGGAGCACACAGUUGUUCUCCAUGCAGUUCAGACUACUCAGCAAAAGAGGUACUAAAGCCAAGUUACCAGAAUGCAGACAGGAAAGAAAAUAGGUCAGAAUGUUACAAACCCUGUGUGAAAAGUCCAGAAUCAAGGGAUGAAAAUUUAGCCCUUGAGGGUGUUUCUUCUAUCUUAAAACCUGCAAAUGAAAGAAAUGAUUUUAUCCCCUUGAAGAAAAUGUCACGGAAGAUGGAUAGUAAGAAACAAAGUCCUUUUGCCAUGGAUGAAGAAAGCUACAUUGAAUCCAGUAGUGAUUGUGAUCAAGGUACUGCAUGUCAGGAACCAUGUGAUACAUUUGCAACUCUUUCUAGGGAAGGAAAAUCAAUUCACAAUGAUGGCAAUGAUCCAAAUGAAGUUCAAGCAUCUAACAUAAACUUAACAGAAGAUGUUUCUGAAAAUUCCAAGGAGAAAGAAGACAAAGACCAUGAACCAUACUAUUUAGCUAAUUUUAAGCUUGUAGUGAACAAUGUCUUGUCAAACAAGGAUGACAGGCAGUUGUUCAAUGAAGAAGAUAAUGGUAUAAUUGAUGCUUUCAAUGUCAUGUCUUCAGAGGAGCAGAAGCUGUAUAUCCGUCUUUUCCAGCGUAAACAUGGAUGGUUUAGGUGCAGCAAACUGGAAUAUCUGAGGAUCAGUAACAAUCUGACACCAAUAUUAAAGUCUCUUGCAGAGAAAGGUUUUUUAGAAGACGAAAGUCAUCUCAGAGAUCUCCGGGAGGCAUUAAAUCUUUCAGCAGCUCCAGACUUAAAACUUUUGGUCAAAACUCUUCAUAUUUCAUCAAAAUCUGUUGGCCAGAAGGGGGGAACCAAGGAAGACACAAUAGAAAUGAUUGUUAACCAUGCCGAGAACCAAAAGACACUCUUUGGAAGUUCUAAAGCUGUUGUUUUAAAGAGGUAA